UCAUUUUUUUUCGCACUUAUGUUGCGACGUGUGCUACGUAAGUAAAGCAAAGAGGGCGGGGGUUUGUAUUUAUUCGUAAUCGUUUUUUCUUGGGAAGAGAUCACUGACAUGUGUGUCUUUAUCGGACAGAGCGGAAGACGCAGAGUCAUGUACCUCCUGUGCUUAGGAGGAGGCAGCAAUAUGCGUCGGUCGGAGAUCUAAGUAUGGGUGCUGGUUUUUUUUUAUUUUUGUUUGUUUUUGUUGCUGACCCGGAGAGCGCGUUGAAGGGAAGCCGGAGCUUCGAAUCACACCCAAGAUUCGAGCGGCUAUGCAGGCGAAGGUGGAAAGAUAUCGGUCUCUGAACGAGAAGCUUCAAAGAGAGGUACGGUCGUAGAGGAGCUCCAUCGAAGAAAAGGAAGGGGGACUAAGGAGGUGUGCGCGAAAGGUGGUUGGUCCCAGCCCGAAGGGGACAGCGGAAAUGACGAGGAGCCUGAAGGAGGAGGUGGACAUGAUUGAAGAAUACGACAGACAGGUGAAGCUAGCGGAAGAGUUGAAAAAGUUGGCGAGCGACGCCGGAUCAUGUGCGGAGUUGCGCGAGAUGGCGGAGCAGGAAUACGGAGAGGUUAUGGGCGGUCUUCGCGACUUAGAAAACAGCUUGUUACUAGGGUUGUUGCCGAAAGAUGCAGCGGAUGAAGGGUCGGCGAUUAUAGAGAUUCGUCCGGGAACCGGGGGAUUGGAAGCUGGGCUAUUCGCGAUGGACAUGUACAAGAUGUAUCAGCGCUACGCACAGAGAAGGAGUUGGUCGUUUGAGACGUUGAGUUUGACAGAGAGCGACGUCGACGGGCUGCGCGAGGCGACCGCGUGCAUCAAGGGUGAUCGGGCGUAUGGUAUGUUGAAGUACGAGGUGGGCGUUCACCGCGUUCAGAGGAUACCGGAGACGGAGACGCUGGGGCGCGUUCAUACAAGCACGACGACGGUAGCGGUGUUGCCGGAGGCAGAAGACAUAAACAUAGACCUGCGCCCGCAGAACCUGAGAAUUGAAACGAAGAGAUCCUCGGGAGCGGGAGGACAGCACGUAAACACUACGGACAGCGCCGUUAGAAUUACACACAUUCCUACGGGAAUAGCCGUGUGUAUACAAGACGAGCGUUCUCAACACAGCAACAAGCAAAAGGCGCUAAAGAUUUUGAAGGCGCGUCUCUACGAUUUGGAGCGGACUAGGCUGUCGAACCAGCGCGCCGAGAGUCGGAGGUUGCAGAUUAGGAGUGGCGACCGUCACGAGCGCAUUCGCACGUACAACUUCCAGCAAGACCGCAUCACCGAUCACCGAGUUGGGCUUACGCUUCACGGAAUGGACCGAAUGAUGAACGGGGAGUACCUGGACGCGUUUAUAGAGGAGCUGAUGCUGGCUUCUCAGGCGGAGGCCCUGGAGGGUCUGUGCUCGGACAUGAGUGCCAAGAGUUUUUGACAGGUGAAAAAAAAAAGUGUUUUUGUGCUAACGGCUAGGUUUCUCCUCACCUGUCAGCGCGCGAACGGCGCGGACUGGGCGAUG